GUGACUAUCCAUGGCUUCUCACUCGCAUUGUUGGUUGUGCUCAUGGACCGCACCCAUCUACGUCGACCCUUCUAGAACCCCUUCUUCUCCUUCUCCUUCUUCUUCGCACAAUUCUUCAUUUCUCUACCCACUUAACACCUCCCGCACCAAACGCCAUCGUUUUACCUCUUGCUCUUUGCAGCGCCACUCCUCUCCUCGUUCACCAAUUGCAUCAAGUUCGGGUCCCGGGUCCAACAAGCCCGUAACACUAGACGCGGAUCCCGAUCCCCCCACGGAGAAUGAAAAGACCCGUUCCGGUCAAAACCUGACCCGCUUAAACGAAGUCCGAACCCGAAGUUUUAAGACUGUUUUCGGAUUCCGAAAGCGAUAUCUGUUGCGGAGGAUUCUGUUCCCAUCGAAGAAAGUUAGAAGCAUCAUUUUACUGAACCUGAUCACUUUUAUUUUCGCUAGUAACAUUCCAGUUGUCAAAGAGGUUCAGGCAAUUAUGAAUCCAGCAGCUUUCACAUUUGUACGCUUUGCCCUUUCUGCCAUUCCUUUCAUCCCAUUUGUAUUGCGAGGAUGGGGUGAUUCUUGUACCAGAAAUGCCGGCAUAGAGUUGGGCUUUUGGGUCAGUCUGGGGUAUCUUAUGCAAGCACUUGGACUACAAACCUCUGAUGCUGGUCGUGCAUCAUUUUUAUCUAUGUUCACUGUAAUUGUGGUUCCAUUGCUUGAUGGCCUGUUUGGAGCUGUAGUUCCCACUAGAACCUGGUUUGGUGCUCUCAUGUCCAUUGUUGGAGUUGGAAUGCUGGAAUCCAGUGGUUCACCGCCAUGUGUUGGAGAUCUUCUGAACUUUUUAAGUGCAGUGUUUUUUGGCAUACAUAUGUUAAGAACUGAACAUAUAUCCAGAAACAUUAGUAAAGAGAAGUUUCUGCCCCUCCUAGGAUAUGAGAUUUGCAUUGUUGCUUUGUUUUCUGCAAUAUGGUAUCUUCUUGGAGAAUGCAUUAAUGGUGCUCAACAUCCCUUGCCAUCAUUUUUGACAUGGAAAAUGCUUAGGGACUGGCUGGUUGGUUUUCCAUGGAUGCCUGCCAUUUAUACAGGAAUAUUCUCAACUGGUUUAUGCUUGUGGGUAGAGAUGGCUGCAAUGUGUGAUAUAUCAGCCACAGAAACUGCUAUAAUUUAUGGUCUGGAGCCAGUCUGGGGUGCUGGUUUUGCAUGGUUUCUUCUUGGUGAAAGAUGGGGUCCCACAGGAUGGAUUGGUGCUGCCCUUGUGCUAGGGGGGAGCUUAACAGUGCAGAUAUUUGGUAUCUCGAGUGAUUCUGACAAAGAACAACUACGAGGUAAUAAAGGUGACAACCUUAUGGUUUCUGACAAGAAGAAUGAUUUGUCUACAUCCACAGUAAUCCUUAGAUCAAGAAAGGAUGCUUCUGACUUUUUCAAGUAA